ACAAACACACACGCACGGAAGAAGAGUGCAAACUGUAGACUGGGAAGGGUACGUGUGUUUCCAGGGUGGUGGCAACAUGCUGGACCCAGAAAGCUCUUUGCACCAAAUCUGCCUGCAAGGCCUCCAGGGACUCUUGCGAACAGCUGGACUUGAUCACCAGCUUGCAAACUGAGCUCAUACAGCUGGUGGAAUAACAAGCGGACAUUACACCCCGCCUGUGUAAGACAGUGUUUUGAGAGGGUUUGUUACAGCAGCGGAGAGGAGCUGCCACCACUUGGGCCCCUCGGCUCUUUCUUGAGAAGGACAGCAUAUCAGAGUCCACCCCCGGGUGGUUCUCAGGAUGAUGAUGGCCUUUAGGGGAGCCUCUGCUUUCCUGGUUUUGUUCCUUGCUACUUUUCUGCCUCCGCCAAGGUGUGCCCAAGACCCAGCCAUGGUGCACUACAUCUACCAGCGCUUUCAAGUCCUGGAGCAAGGGUUGGAAAAAUGUACACAAGCAACAAGGGCAUACAUUCAAGAAUUCCGCGAGUUCUCGAAAAACAUAUCCGUUACGCUGGGAAGAUGCUUGACCUACACAAGUGAGUAUAAGAGUGCGGUAGAUAACCUGGCAACGAGAGUCGAACGUGCCCAACGGGAGGUUGACUACCUAGAGUACCUCCGAGAAUCCGACAUGUGUGUCGAAUCGGAAGACAAGAUCCUGGCAGAAACGCUGAUCCAAGAAGCUGAAGAAGAGAAGAAGAUCCGGAGCUUGCUGAAUGCAAGUUGUGACAACAUGCUGAUGGGUAUCAAGUCCCUGAAGAUAGUGAAGAAGACUAUGGGCACAGAUGGUUCUUGGAUGAAAGAUGCUGCCAGCAACUCUGCAAAAGUGUAUUUCUUAAUUGGAUCCAGAAACAACACGGUUUGGGAAUUUUCAAAUAUUCGGGCUUUCAUGGAGGACAGCACCAAGCCAGCUCCCCGGAAGCUAAUCCUAACGCUUUCCUGGCAGGGAACAGGCCAAGUGAUCUACAAAGGUUUCCUAUUUUUUCACAACCAAGGGACUUCUAAUGAGAUAAUAAAAUAUAAUUUGCAGAAAAGAGCUGUGGAAGAUCGAAUGUGGCUCCCAGGAGGGGCAGGCAGAUCAUUGGUCUAUCAGCACUCCCCUUCAACGUACAUUGACCUGGCUGUGGAUGAGCAUGGUCUCUGGGCCAUCCACUCAGGGCCAGGCGUCUAUGGCCAACUGGUCCUCACAAAAAUUGAACCUGGCUCACUGGGAGUGCAGCACUCAUGGGACACUCCCUGCAGAAGUCAGGAUGCUGAAGCCUCAUUCCUCGUUUGUGGGGUUCUCUACGUGGUCUAUAGAUCCAAUGGCCAAGGGCCCCAUCGCAUCACCUGUGUCUAUGAUCCACUGGGCAUUGUCAAUGAGGAACAUCUGCCCAACUUGUUCUUCCCCAAGCGGCAGAGAAGUCACUCCAUGAUUCACUACAACCCCAGAGAGAAGCAGCUCUAUGCCUGGAAUGAUGGAAACCAGAUCAUUUACAAACUCCAGACAAAGAGAAAAUUGCAUGUGGACUAAAGACAGCAUCCCUGUAAUGACCAACAGGAAUAAGGUCUAGAAAUGGGAUUGUCAUCUUUUUUCCAGAUGUCACUGUUUUGGGUAUCUUCCAAGAGAUUACAGGAGAGGCUCUCCUUCAGAAUUUUCCAACAGCUGCUAUCACCCAUCUAAAUCUCCUGACUUUCAAGGCCUUCCACAUUCUCAUCCUGCUUGAUGCAAGCUUUUUCUUUUCCUUCUUUCUUAGCAUUUCCUCUAAGCUCCCCCUAGAGCAGUGGUUCUCAACUUGUG